AUGGCUACUACGAUGCACCACCCGUCUCCCCAGCCGGGCCUUACCUCAUUCGCCAUCUACGAAGACCCACAGGAUCGCGAACCCUUGUCGCCGUCGGACUUGUUCGACGGCAGUGACUCGUACCACUCCGAACGCUCGUUCCCCAUGGCCCACGACGUUGUACAUAGCAUUGAGCUGGCACAGCAACAGGAGCCCGACGACGAGCCCCAGCCCUACCGCAGCUCCUACACCUCGCGCCCGGGGUCGCAGCAGCGCAUGUCCUCGCACUACAGCUUCGUCUCGGCUAUCCCCUCCGAGUCGUCGAUAGCUUCGAAACCCAUCCUGCCCGCUAACGAGGCCGGUGCACGAGCACGCAAAGAACGUCCGCGCUUCCGGAAUACUGAGUCUGUCCGCGCCAUGCAGAUGUCGUCGCCGCCGCCCACACUCGCACACCAGACCUCCCAAGAGCGACUCAAAGGGUCCUUCAAGCUGGCUACACCUAGCAGGAGCAGCAGAUCAGAGCACGACAUGUCGAGACAGUCUACCGGCUCACGGAGAAGGAGCAUACGGGAGCCUCAUAGUCCGAGACCGACCCCGACACCGCAGCAGGCGCCGCUGGUCCUGUUGCAUGUUACCAUUCUGCCCAUGCAGGUACCGUACUCGCACGACAUCAUGGCCAGGAUCAUGCCUGAUUGGCUGGUGGAGAACUACAAGCUGCUGGAGGAGAAGCUGCAGGACAUCAUCCUGAUGCGGCGCGGGCUUCUCAUUCCGCACCCCAGGGACGAGUACGACCUGCUCGAGGAACGCAUACUGGAGAGCCUGGAACUCAGGACACCCCGCCUGCUCCCGUGCGGCCACUUCGUCCCACCCGAGGACGAGGACGAGCGGGAAGACGAGGACGAUGUCGCGAGCGUCGGCGACGAGAACACCGGACGGGGCAGUCGCAUGAGUGGAGGCACACUGACGGAAGGAAGCAACACCUCCCACAACGGCGACCACAGCAUGUGCAUAGACUGCCACCGCGAACUCAAGAAGCCCGGCAAAGGCAUCGGUGCCGGCACACGGAAAUGGGACAUCAAGAUCUACGCCGCCAACGGUCUGAUGCGCGCCGCCGCCUGGCAAGCCUGCUGGAACGACAUGGAAAGAUGCGACGUCGAGAUCCACCCCUGGAUCCCCGAGGAGGUCCGCAAGACGCUCGAGCGCCGCGCCCAGGAGGAGCAAGAAGCCGACAAGCGCAAGGCACAAUACACCGUCGAACUGCAACGCCAAAUCCAAGAAGCCGCCGUCAAGACCAAGAUCCUAGAAGAGGAAGCCAACGAGGCGAAGCGCAAGGAGGAAGCCGAACUACAAAAGAGCUUCGAAGAGGCCGCCGCCGCUCUACAAAGAAGCAUCGAAGAGAAAGCAGCUGAGAAGAAGAGGUUCGAAGAGGAUCUUCAGGCCAAGCUCAACGAAGCGAAGGAGGCUGUUCGUCUUGAACUCGAAGCCAAAGCCCUCGCUGAAUCCGAUGCCGUCGCCCAGCGUCUCCGUGCGCUGGAAACUGCUAUCAAGGAACAAGAGAGCGCUGAAGCUGCCACACGUCUCUCAGCAGCUCAAAUACCGCUCAGCACGCUGCUGAAGAACUACAUCAUUCUUCUUCUCAGCGAUAAGCGCAACUCUAUCAUCUUGCUGUUGGCUGUUGCGGUUGCGUACAUGGCGAUGAACAUGCGUGCUGCUCAGCAAGCACCCGCGUCGGCGCAGAUGCUCGAGCUACCGACGGAGGUUGUGGCAAACAUGCCGAAUGCUGUUACGGCUACGAUGACUGCGACGAGUUACUCCACGUUCACGGUUACAGAGUUUGCGACUGCGACUGCUGUCCCGGUUCUUGAGGUUGCGGACCCGGAGAUCGAGUCUGUGGCUGAGGAGGUGAAGGCUGAGGUUGAGGUUGUUGUCGACGAGAAGGCGGAAGAAGAGAUAUCUACCAGCCCCGCUGUAGACCUCGAGCUCUUCGACGUCAUUGUGGAGCAGUCUACUCCCCUCGCUGCUGCUGAGGUUGAGGUGAAGACGAACGUCCUUGUCGCUUCCAACCAGACGCCCGCUGAAACCUCGUUCUGCGCUUCAGAAGUCGAACACGUCUUCGAGGCUCCGCUUGCGUACUGCGCGGCUUCUGCUUAG